CUGUAUAUUCCUAUUUAAUUUGUAGAUGUGUGUAAUCUCAUAUUUGGAAAAAUUCAGAGUAGAAAUAUUUGUACUAGCAUGUGAGAAGGUACUAUUAUACAUAUGUAUAAUCCAAUUGUUUCAAUUUUGAAGGACGAGAUGUUUCGAGAACAUUAUAGUGCUUCCAUAUAAGAUGUUUUGUUAUAGAUGAAAUAACUAGUUUAUAUACAUCUUUAAAAACAAGAUAAAGAGGAUGUAUUGCCUACAGUGGUUAAUUCCAGUGCUGCUGAUACCAAAACCAGUAAAUCCAGCACUACUGCAAACGCAUGUCAUGUUUAUGGCUCUUUAUCUAAUUGGAUUCUUCCUAGAACGAAAACCAUGUACUGUUUGUAGUUUAGUAUUUCUUCUUGCAGUUUUCCUAAUUUGUUAUAGUGGAAUUGGUAAUUGUCUCCUUUGGAGUACAAAUUGUGAUACAGUGAGAUGUGACAAUAGUUAAGGUUAUUAGAAUGUUUAUUCUUAAAUUAAAAAAAUGCCUCCACCUUUAUUUUUUUUAGAAGGAUAUGUCUAAUUAAUUCAUUAAUAACAUAACCUAUUCAUAGAAUUCAUAUGUAUUACAUAUAUAUGAAUCUUAUUAAUAAUAUUCAAAUAUGAUUUUAUAAUCUUAAUUGUAGUUUUUAGGUGUUAUACAUGGUAUAUGUAUUUAUAUAUGUACAUAUAUACAUGAGUAUGUACAUAUAUGUAUUAAUGAUAUGUAUUUAUAUACACAAAAGAAUAAAUUUGCUAGGUUACAAAAAGUUUGCAUGAAAUUAAAGAACUUCCAAAUGUAAAAUUAUAAUAGUUUAAUAUUAUAGAAUUAAGAUACAUUUUUUGUAUAUAUAUUUAUGCUUAAUUCCAUUAAUUUAAUUCUAUUGUCUAAUUAUACACUGUGUAUAACACUUUUUUUAUUUAAAAAUGUUAAUUUUAUUUUGUUAUUGUAUGUUAUUGUAUAUCUAAAAAAUUAACAUUUUUAUAAUUUAUUUAAUUUGAAUAAAUUUCCCAAACUAUUUUACAAAAACUAUUAAAAUUUUUAAAUGAAUUAUUCAUUACUUUGUUCAUAAAUUAUUCUAAAUAAAUAAUUAAGCAGAAUAUAAUUGGUAAUUAUUGAAUGAAAAAAUAAAAGUAUUUUACAUUA